CGUGCGAGCGGGCGUGCGGGACCCGGGGCGGCGGAGUAUGCACGGGCCUCGGCGGGCAGCGCCGGCGCACAGCCGCGGCCCGGGCGCGCGGCGCGGGGCGGAAAAGCCUGUUUACACAGACUGCACACCGCCUGGGGAAUAAUGCAGUAAAGGAAGUGAGCCGGCUCGGCCUGACUGCUCCAACUUCCUGCUCUCACACACACCAGAGGGGGGGAAAGAAAAAAAAAAGAGGAGAGAAAGAAAAAAAAAAAAGAAGGGGGGAAAAAUCAGGAUCUCAUUACAAGAGCAACAGACCGUCUGCAGACGCCUGUCAGCAUGGAAAGUCGGGGGCUUUCGCCCGGGUCCUCCUAGAAACUCCUCCCGGAGAAGGAUCUUGAAAGCCGCCCCCCCACAUCUGGGUAUGGAGAGUGCAAUCACGCUGUGGCAGUUCCUCUUGCAGUUGCUGCUCGAUCAGAAGCACGAACACUUGAUCUGCUGGACCUCGAAUGAUGGUGAGUUCAAGCUGCUCAAGGCGGAGGAGGUGGCCAAGCUGUGGGGACUUCGCAAGAACAAGACGAACAUGAACUACGACAAGCUGAGCAGAGCCCUGCGGUACUACUAUGACAAGAAUAUCAUCAAGAAGGUGAUCGGGCAGAAGUUUGUGUACAAGUUCGUCUCUUUCCCAGAAAUCCUGAAGAUGGAUCCCCACGCGGUGGAGAUGAGCCGGGAGAGCCUGCUGCUGCAGGACAGCGACUGCAAGGGGCCGUCCGAGGGUCGGGAGAUCCACAAGCAUGGCUUGUCCGCCCUCAAAAGCACCAGUCGCAAUGAAUACAUCCACUCAGGCCUGUACUCCUCCUUCACCAUCAACUCCCUGCAGAACCCCCCAGAGGCCUUCAAAGCCAUCAAGACGGAGAAGCUGGAGGAGCCGUCUGACGACAGCCCCCCUGUGGAAGAAGUCAGGACUGUCAUCAGGUUUGUGACCAAUAAAGCUGACAAGCAUGUCACCCGGCCAGUGGUGUCCCUGCCCUCCACGUCUGAGGCUGCGGCCGCCUCUGCCUUCCUGGCUUCCUCUGUCUCAGCCAAGAUCUCCUCUUUAAUGUUGCCAAAUGCUGCCAGCAUUUCAUCUGCAUCGCCUUCGUCAUCGCGGUCCCCAUCCCUGUCCCCCAACUCACCCCUCCCUUCUGAACACAGAAGCCUCUUCCUAGAGGCCGCCUGCCAUGACUCGGAUCCCCUGGAGCCCUUGAACCUGUCGUCGGGCUCCAAGACCAAGUCUCCAUCCCUCCCCCCAAAGGGCAAAAAACCCAAAGGCUUGGAAAUCUCUGCACCCCCGCUGGUGCUCUCAGGCACCGACAUCGGCUCCAUCGCCCUCAACAGCCCAGCCCUCCCCUCGGGGUCCCUCACCCCAGCCUUCUUCACUGCACAGACACCAAAUGGAUUGCUUCUGACGCCAAGUCCGCUGCUUUCCAGCAUCCAUUUCUGGAGCAGCCUUAGUCCAGUUGCUCCUCUGAGUCCUGCCAGGCUGCAAGGGCCAAAUACGCUUUUCCAGUUUCCCACACUGCUGAACGGCCACAUGCCAGUGCCAAUCCCCAGUGUGGACAGAGCUGCUUCACCAGUACUGCUUUCCUCAAGCUCCCAGAAGUCCUGAUGACAUCUGGCCACAACUAAGGACUGGUAAACUGAAGAAACAAAUCUGUCGCCAUGGGCUCGUUUACCUGUGUCGUGAGGACAUUGUGAAACCCUCUGUUAAUUUGGUUUGCACUUUUCAUCACACCGGAUAUUCUAGAAUUACGUUCCCAUUUAAAAAAAAAAUCUGUUUAUAUAUUCAAGUAUGUAUGGAAAUCUGUUUUGCAUUAAGCGACUCAAUGUUUUUGUUUUUAUAUCCUCUGAGCUCUUAAGUGUUGAACACUGACAGUGAAGAAGUUUCCUUAAUGUUUUCAAUGUAACUAAUAAGGAUGUGAAGCUUUUCUUCUCUUUAAUUCUGCAUAUGCUGAACCGUGCUUAUAUACACACUAUAACCAGCUGUGCCUUCCUUUGCAUUUAGUUUUAUGUAAAUGAUUUAUAUAUUUUUUAGUCUUAAGAAAAUGUUGAAAGACAAAAAUUAGUACCAAACAUCUCUAGUAGGAUUUUGUUACUUUUCACAAGUAGGCAAAACAUGAAAGCGUAUUCGUAUCACUUACUUUUUCUCUUUUGCUUUCAACUGUAUAAGUAUUGCCUUAGAACUUCUUUUGAACUGAAACUCAGUAAAUGUAAUGUCCAAGUAAUGUUUUUUAUAAGAAAAAAAUCGAAGCCAUAUUUAGUCAAUAAACAUUCAUCAAAGAAAAAUGUUCUAAAGUGCAUUUAUUUUAAUAGAAAUGAACGUUGAAAGGCUAGCCUCUUAGCUGUGUCUUAGCAAUAGCUCUCAUUCUAAGAAAAAGUGAUAUGAGACCUCCAUUAAGCUCACACCAUCCAAAGCUAGAGAAUAUUUCCUAGUUUCAAAUAUUAGUUCAAAACUUUAGUCCUAUUUUCCAUAAUCACACCUUUAUUUAUUUCCUGUAGGAGUUAGGGUUUUCCUAAACUCCUGGAACUGUAAUUAACACUUGAAAACCUAAAUGUUUGGGAGAUACUCAGCUUCAACAAACUAAUUUUGUAAGACCUGACACUUUUUUGUAAGACAUCUUUGGGCACAUAAUCAUUUUUUUUAAUGGACCAAAAAAUGUACCAUAACACAAAUACAUAUAUAAGCCCUGCAUGAGGAAACAGACAGUGAAGGAAGGCUGAUAAAACAAAAAUUCUUCAGGAACUUCCUUAUUGUGGAACCAAAUCCAUUAUGUACCAAUGGAAAUCCUUUUUGUGGUUUACAACUGUGGUAACAUGUUUUCUGUUCUCUCUUUCUCUCAAAAAAGAAAAAAAAAGUCAGCAGGCCUGGUUCCAGAAUCAUCAAGACAAAGCAAACUACAGAGUGCUGGAACUUUAAAAUUAGGUUAAUCAUAAUUAGGUUAAUGGUGAUCUUUAUAAGUACUAAAUAGCAACUUGAAAUGUUACUAAGUAAUUGACCCAAAUAAGACAUUAAAUGGCAGGAGUUAUCAAGAUGGGUAAAAUAAAAGUUUGUAAAAA